AUGCCAGAUAAGGCUCUCUCUCUCUCUCUCUCUCUCUCACACACACACACACACACACUAGCUCUCUCUCUCUCUCUCUCACUCUCACUUUCUCUCACUCUCUCUCACUCUCUCUCUCACUCUCACUUUCUCUCACUCUCACUCUCUCUCACUUUCUCACUCAAUCUCUCACUCGCUCUCUCUCUCACUCGCUCACUCUCACUCUCUCACUCGCUCUCUCGCUCUCUUUCUCACUCUCUCACUCGCUCUCUCGCUCUCUCUCUCACUCGCUCUCUCGCUCGCUCUCCCUCUCUCACUCUCUCUCUCACUCUCUCUCACUCUCACUCUCACUCGCUCUCUCUCUCACUCUCUCACUCACUCACUCGAUCUCUCUCUCACUCUCUAACUCUCUCACUCGCUCUCUCGCUCGCUCUCCCUCUCUCACUCUCUCUCUCACUCUCACUCGCUCUCUCUCACACUCUCACUCACUCUCUCACUCGAUCUCUCACUCGAUCUCUCUCUCACUCGCUCUCGCUCUCUCUCUCUCUCUCUCUGAAACUGUAA